AUGGCAAAUUCGGGAAACACCAAGGAUGAGCUUGCCGCUCUCGGCGCGGGCAACCUCUUCGCCGUCAACGGCUUGGUUGCCGCCGUCACAGGUGGUGGCUCUGGUAUCGGCCUGAUGAUGGCCAAGGCCCUCGCUGCUAAUGGCGCGGAAAAGGUUUACAUUCUCGGCCGGCGGAAGGAGGUUCUCCAGGAAGCUGCCUCUUCUGUAGGACCGAAUGUUGUGCCAUUGGUCUGCGAUGUCACAUCCAAGUCCAGCCUCCAAGAAGCCGCAGCAACGAUUGAGAAGGAAGUCGGUUUCCUGAACCUUCUGGUCUGCAACGCCGGCGUUGGCGGCCCGCAGGUCAAGGCACCCUCAGCCGAGUUGACGGCGGCGGAGUGGGCGGAGCAACACCUCGCCCACGACACCGCAGACUACACAAAAGUCUUUGACGUCAAUGUUACUUCAGUGUGGUACACCACGAUGGCGUUUGUGAAGCUGCUUGACCUGGGCAACAAGAAGGGCAACCUCACCCAGAGCUCGCAGGUCGUUUCGACCAGCUCCAUUGCGGCCUUCAACAAGAACGCCCCCGGCGGCUGGGCCUACGGACAGUCCAAGGCUGCCGCGACGUUGCUCAUCAAGCAUCUGUCGAGUAACUUGCCUCGGUGGAACAUCAGAGCCAACUGCAUUGCGCCUGGACUGUUCCCGAGCGAGAUGUCGGCGCCUAUUGCUAAACUUUACAGCGGAGACGGCAGUGUGCCCCCUGAGAUGGUGCCUCUGCAGAGAAUGGGAGAUACCCAGGACAUGGCCGGUGUGAUGCUGUAUCUCGCGUCUAGGGCGGGUGCCUACUGCAAUGGUGCCGUCAUCACCGUGGACGGGGGUAGGCUCGGAAAUUUCCCCACAACAUGGCAUGCUUGA